AUGAGAUUCUCGAUUCUCACAAUUCUGGCACUUCUCUGCGUCUCCACAAUUUCCGCAGGUUCGCGGAAAAACCGCGUGUUCCGCGUCACUCACACCAAUUUCAACGCGGAUUGGAGCCACUAUUUGCUGCAACUCGUUCAGGAGGCCUAUCAGAAUUUCGGCAAAAAUCAGUGGGCCGAGCGGAUUGACCAGCGCAUUCGCGCCGAGCAAAACGGAACGCGGAUGACUGUGUUGUGGAGCAAGAAGGAUUUUGUGGUCGCCUGGUAUGGAAGUCCGAAACAUUUCAUGACUGAUAAUGGGAAAUAUUAUUUUGAUAUCAGUAUUUGA